AUGCUCUCUCGUUGCACCCGCGCCCACCCGCGCGCCUCCACGCGCCUCACCUUACCGCCCCGCUUGGGGAGUCGAAAGCCAGGUGUGAAUCACCAACUUCACUCCUUCCACUGCUUCCGCCACACCGCGUGUCCAGCCGCGGCGCGGAACGCGUGUCCGGCGCUGUGCGGCGCGGCUGCGUAUGGUGCCGCGCGCCACCGUCGCGGAGCGGCACGGCGUUCCGUGGACCGGCGUGAGGGAGGUGAGGUGGUCUCGCACCAUGCUCUGCUGGGCCUCCCUGAAGGCAUCGCCGAUGUGUCGGAGAUCGAGCGGGCCUAUGCCGCUGCACGCAAGAUGGCCGAGGAGCUGCCGAGCGAGAGCCUGGUGAAGGAGCUGCACGAGGCCUAUCAAGCCGUGCUCUCGGAGGCGACGGCUGUAGCACCAGCUUCUGCUUCUGCAGCGCCACGGGGGCAGCUUGCCGCUGAGGCGAACGUGGUGCCUGGUAGUCAGAAGGUGUUCCUGCAAACCUUCGGAUGUCAACACAACCAGUCUGAUGGAGAGUACAUGCUGGGACAGUUGCAGGACUACGGCUACACCGUGGUGCAGGACGUGGAAGCCUGCGAUGUGUGCGUGGUGAACUCCUGCACCGUGAAAACGCCCUCGGAAUCGCGGGGGCUCCAUUUGGUGAACAAAGCUUCACAACUUCAGAAAGCUGUGGUGUUGGCAGGGUGUGUCCCUUCGGCCGACCAGUCAUUGCCCAAGAGGCUUCCUCAUGUGAGCAUGCUGGAAGUCUCGCAACUGGAUCGCAUUGUGGAGGUGGUCGAAGAGGCGAGCAAAGGAAGAGUAGUGACCCUUUUGGAGAAGAAGAAGUCGGGCGCUACCUUGCCGUCACUGUCUUUGCCCAAAGUCCGGCAGGACCGUUUGACUGAGAUCAUCACCAUCAACGCUGGAUGUUUGAACUUCUGCACCUAUUGCAAGACUCGCCAGGCUCGCGGCGGCGUCAAGUCCUACGCGCUAGAAGACCUGGUGCAACGCGCGCGAGAGGCGGUUGCUGAGGGCGUGUGCCACAUCGAAUUGGCCUCGGAAGACAUGGGUGCCUACGGCUAUGACCGAAAAACCAACAUUGGUGAACUCUUGCUUCGCCUCAGCGACGCCCUGUUGGACUUACAAGCGAGUAGUGGAGCCGGGUAUGAGGUGAUGUUGCGCACUGGGAUGACGAACCCGCCUUACAUCAUGCAGCACCUGGAAAGUGUCGUCGAAGCCUUGCAGCGGCCCAACGUGUAUGGCUUCAUGCAUGUGCCCGUACAGUCGGGCUCGGACGCGGUGCUCAAGGCCAUGAAGAGGAAGUAUACAGUGUCCGAGUUCAUGCAUUUGGUGGAGCGCUUGCGGGAAGGUGUCCCUGACAUUUAUCUCCUCACUGACAUCAUUUGCGGCUAUCCCACUGAAACGGAGGAGGACUGGCAGAGGACGUUGGACUUAGUGAAGCGCUGCCAGUUCCAUGGCGUGUACUCCUCGCGCUUCUUCGCCCGCGCGGGGACGCCCGCGGCGAGGCUGAAGCAGCUGCCGCACGCCGUGACCAAGCGACGCUAUCAGGAGUUGUCGGCCUUGGAGGCUCUCAAGGUGGACCGCUUUGCGCCCCUGCUGCACCGCCGCGAGCGCGUGUGGUUUGCCGGCAGCGACGAGGCGCGGCAGCAGACGCUGGGCCGGACGAAGAACUUUGCCAAGGUGGUGGUGCCGCGCGACGAUGCGCUGCUGGGGCGGAGUGCCAUGGUGGAGAUCACCAAGACUUCGGUGCAGCAUGUGGUGUCCAACAACUUUGCGGGGCUUGGCCCGGGCAAAGGGCCUCCCGUCCUGCGCUACGGAGAGACCUGCAGUCGCGAAGGUCAGAAUGUGGACGUGGUCCUUCAGCACGUGGGCCACUAUCAUCCGCAGAUCGUGGGCCUUAACGGCCUCAACGGCUCCUAUGCCGCAGCACCCAUCGGCGUCGCGCUGGACUCCUCCUUGAAACUUCACUUGAGCCUGGUGAACGCUGAGGAUUCGCCCGUGCCGUUCGAAGAGCUCUACCUGACCAUUUUCGACGUGGAGGAGCCCUACGUGGGCAUCACCGCUGACGCCGUCGAGGUGGACGACUUCAAGGCGGUGAUUUGGCCGGACGGAAGCCGCGUGUGGGCGCGCAACUUGCCCAAGGAUUGGAUGCCACCUCAAGGCCCUGCGCCCACCUAUGCCUUCUCCACCAAGCAGGAGAUUUCCAUGACGCUGCAUGGCUCCAGACGGCCAGGCAACGCGGUGUCGGGACCUUGGCAGGGCCACACGUUCUUCUUAGCCUUGCAUUCCCCAGAAGCCCAUGCACCGCUGCAGAAGCAAAGGCUCCCAAAGGUGCCGCACCCACGGCCGAUCCCGCGUCGGCCGAUACCAAUGGGCUUUCAAUUGGCGCUCAGCAAGCAGAACUUGGUCUACAACAACCUGGGCGGCUUUGGCCCGGGCCACUUGGACGACCCCUUGGAGCUCCGCUUCGCCGAGACCUGUGAGCUCCGAACCAAGGAGGGAAGAAAUGACAAAGUGCAGCGUGUAGAUGUGGUCUUCCGCCUGGCUGAUCGGGGUGGCCAGCGCCCGGUCUACCUCCCGGGCGACGUACGGGCGAACGGGCCUGAGGAGGACCGGGCCUUUAUCAGCGUUGAGCCUGGAAGUUCGGUUGAUGUGGCGGUGGAUUUUAUCAAGGCCUUCAUGACUGAGGACCCUGGUGAGACGCGCCGACCCAUCAACUUGAACGCCUUCAUUUGCAUCGAGGCGCCGCAUGGAGAGGUCUCGUUGCAGGACUUUGAGGCGGAACGGAAACAUCGACACACACGACGAGACGAACGCACGGCCCUGGCCGCCAACAUCUAA